AUGGUAGCCACUGUCUUUGGGGAGCUAUGGAGGUUGUGCACAGACGAGGGCAAUAUGGUGCAGAGAGAUGGAGUGGCUCUUAUGUGUGGAAGGCCUUCAAUUAGGCAGGAAGAGAAGUGGUGGCUCCCGAACCCAAAAGUUCCUCCAAAAGGGUUAUCAGUGGAUGCAAGGAAGAGGUUGCAGCAAUGCAGGGACUGUACCAACCAGAUACUGAAGGCAGCCUUGGCAAUCAAUAGCAAUGUGCAUGCUAAGAUGGAGAUUCCCAAUGCUUACUUAGAAACUUUGCCCAAGGUAUGGGUUUCAAUGUUGGGUCUACAAAUGCUAUGAGAUAUAAACAAGCUGAGAUCUAAAUUUCCUGAAACACAUCCAUAGAUACUACAACUGGUUUGGUUUUUUUAGAUCUGAUUGAUGUCAUUAGGUUA